GAGAUUCAUUUGCAUGGUAUGCACUGAUGGGAGAUCACAAUUAGUAGCACUGCUGCCAAGCAUACAUCACAUAUCGUCACAACCAUUCAGGACAUUGACAGGUAUCAAUGACUUGACAAUAAUCCACGCAUAUACACUUUUACCGCUAUGGGCGAUAUUGAAAACCUGAAGCACACCGAUCAACUACUGGUUGUCCGUCGUAGAGAAUCCCUGGAAACGGAAGAUGGGCCCCCUCUGACCAAUCAUUACGUUAUCGAAAACAAGGCUAACGAAACCGUUUACUGGGCAGCAGAGGGCCCCGCAUUCUGGGCUCGGACAUGUUUCGGUCAUAAUAGACCCUUUGAAUUGGCCCUUCUUGACAACCAACGACGGAAAACGAUGGUGUUCAAACGGCCUCUGUUCUACAAAUCGUGGCGGUUUCUGUGUCGACUGAAACGGAUGGAUAUCUUCGCACCGGAAGGGGACCACGUUGGACGGAUCCAGCAGGGUUGGUUUUUUGGGAAACCUUGGUAUGUUGUGAUGAAUUCCUCCGGUGAGCGUAUAUUACGAAUAGAAGGUCCCUGGUUGGUUUUUGAUACCUUUGCGGAUGUGAAGUUUAAUAUCGUGGAAAUGGAUGGUAAGGUGGUCGGAGAAAUCGUGAAGACAAAGACCGGAUGCUUGUGGCGUAAAGCACCCCACCAUUUGGGAAUCACUUUCUCUGAAGAUAUGGAAGCCAACACGAAAGCUAUCUUAAUUGGCGCGACGAUUUUGAUCGAUUUUGCAGUGUUCGGCAACACCAGACGGAUAGAUUUGACAACCCUUCUACUGAUGUGAAUCUUUUCAUUGCCUUAUAAUUCCACAGUUCUUCUUAUCGAAUCUCGAAAUAUUAUACACUAAAUAAAACAAUUACAAAAAUUUUCCUAAU